UUUUUUUAUUAUUAUAACUAUAUAUCGAUAUAAUGAAGACAAUAAUUUCUACUUGUUGUCUUUUUCUAUUUGUCUUCUUUCAAUUAAGUCAUUGUUUUUCAACACGCAAAGAAGCUCAGACAUAUUUACAACAAUAUGGAAUUCCUCAUGAUGAACUGGAUGAUGUGCAUUUAUUAGAGACGGUGAAGCAAUAUCGAGAUAUGGCAGUGCUCAAUACGGAAUUAUUUGGUGAUCGAGUGGAAAGGUUACUAGAAGGACUAGACAAGAAACUGGAACAACAUUACGGCGUGACAGAACCUCAUCAACGACAACGAUUGAUACAAGAUAUUGAAAGAAUACUACGACAAUUGGAAAUCCAAGGUCAGAUGACGCGUGAUCAUGUUCAUGAACAAUUACUGAAUGACAAUAACAAGAUUGCCGUAUCAUCGUCUCAUUUCCUAACCCCGUUACAAUGGCAAGAUGUGAUUAAGGAUAUUGAAGAAUUUGUUACGCCUCCUAGUACAUGGUCCAGAUGGUUUGGUCGCUCAUCUUCGCCUAUCAAGAUUGGUGACAAAGAUCCAUAUCAUACUUGGUUGGAUGAUACUACUUUACCUUUUCAAUCACGUUUAUCCCCCACACAAUUCAAGACUCUAUACACAGCUCUGGAUAAGGCCAUGAAACGUGAACAGCUUGCGUCCAAUGAAUGGUGGGCACAGCUCUUGAAGGAACUGGAUGGAUUUUCUGCGGAUCAACUGGAAUGGGUUGUGGAACAAUUGGGUAUUCGUAUCCUUGGUUUCAAGAUCUUUGCUCAUGAUUAUUUAGGCCUACCGACACCUCCUCCUGUAUAUGAAGAAGAACAAGGAAACAGCCAAUAUGAUGGUUUACGUGGAUGGAUGGAUCGUUUGAUGAAAUUCUCGCCUUUGGAUACAAUCAUCACGUAUAUCAAGCAAGUUCGGCAGCAUUUGGAUGAUCAAGCCUCCACUUUCUUGGCAGAAAAAAAGGAACAAGGUCAACAUGUACAAGAAGAAUGGUCCAAAGCAAUUCAACACGCUCAACAGUCGUUUGCAAACUAUUGGCAUGAAAAGGAACAUGACGCGUACCGUCGCAUUGGCUACACUGAAGCGGAAAUUGAUUGGAUUCGUAAUUACUUGAAGAAAGCUUUGCAUCACUCGGCUCCCUCUAAAUCGCAUCAGAUCAUCUCGGAUAUUAGGCAGUACUUGAUCUCUCUGGAACGUCAAACAAAAGCUCAAGUCGAAUUACAUGUACUCAAGUUGGAUAAACUACUACAAGCUUGGAAACAUUCUAUCUUGGGACAACAACGACAUCAUCAUCCACAUUGGGAACUUUGAAUAGUUAGUUUAGUUUUUUUUUUUUUCUUAGUUUAGUUUAUUUAGUUGCUU